GGGUAUCUGAUAGACAGUGGCCGAGUCGAGCCCAGAGAGAUAGACCAGUCGGCCGACAGUCGCAAACAGCAGGGAGACCUUCUCUUACGACUCGCGGCAUUCAUUUCGAUCCGUUUCGGGAGGACGCGGUUCUCCGAGCCUACCUAGGGAUCUGAAAAUCCUGCUCUCAGAAAUUCCAGAGUUUGAACCUGUUCAAGGAGUACCCUCAGGCCAUUGAAACUGGGGAUGGCGAAUCUCAAACGAUUGCUUGUGUACAAUUGUGCGGAGAUUGUGCAGGUCACCGAUCGAGGCCAACUCUACCUCGCUGGACGGGAUAUGUCCCGAGUGGCAAUACGGAGAGCGGCGCGCGGACACAGCCUCGCUCUAGCUACAGAUGAACGCGGAAUAAUACUGGAAAUCGGAGACGGCGCCGAAAUGCAGAAAAAAUACAGCCUCAGUGAAUUCGAAAGUACUCUCGAUGCCAAGCAGGGCUCCCUUAUGCCAGGCUUCGUGGAUGGUCACACUCAUCCGAUCUGGAGCGGGGACCGCGUACAUGAAUUCGCCUUGAAAUUGGCAGGAGCGUCGUACAUGGAAAUUCACGCUCAGAAAGGCGGCAUUCACUACACUGUUGAUUGUACCCACGAAGAAUCAGACGAGAAACUCGCCGAAUCGCUUGUUGAAAGAUUGACGCUCAUGAGAAAAUCCGGGACUACUGCGGCCGAGUGCAAGACCGGAUACGGAUUGUGGUUCAAGGACGAGCUGAGACAACUGCAGAUCCUGAACUCGGUCAAGCAGCAGGACAUCAUCGAAAUGUCGCUCACGUAUCUAGGAGCUCACGCCGUGCCCAGAGGCUUCGUAGGAACGCCGGAUGAAUACGCCACGAAGAUAUCUGACGAGGAUCUUCCUAAAUUGAAAGAGCUAGUCGACUUCGAUAACGUGGACGUAUUCUGCGAGAAAGGUGUUUUCGAGAUCGACGCUACGAAACGGAUUCUGGCGAAGGCGAAGGAACUCGAUUAUGAGCUCAACUUCCAUGCGGAGGAACUUUCUUGCAUACACGGAGUUGAGCUCGGGUGUGCUCUCGGAGCUCGCGCAAUGUCUCAUCUGGAGCGGAUUUCCGACGAGGGCAUCGCAGCCAUGGCUGCGACGAAGGCCGCCGCGGUCGUUCUUCCGACCACGGCUCAUAUCCUGCGGCUCAAGCCUCCACCGGUGAGAGAAAUGAUCCAGCAAGGUGUCAUCGUUGCUCUCGGCUCGGAUUUCAAUCCGAACGCUUUCUGUUACGCGAUGCCGACUGUAAUGCACCUCGCUUGCGUUCAGUGUCAUAUGAGCCUCGACGAGUCCCUCGCCGCCGCUACGAUUAAUGCGGCCUAUUCGAUCGGGAAGUCACAUCGGUACGGCUCCAUAGAAGAGGGCAAAGAGGCCAAUUUGAUCUUAAUCAAAGAGCCAAAGUGGGAACACAUCAUCUACCAGCUCGGAUGCCACAAAGACCUUAUACGGAGCGUAAUCUACAAGGGAAAACUCGUGUUGUAGAGACUCGAAUCGGUACCAUAAGAUUCGGUCGCCAUCAGGAAUCUCAUUGCGAUGAUUCGAGAGAAGAUUGGAGCGAAGCGGAAUCGGAGAAACCGAAGUCAGUAAGAUCGAGGCUGACGUACACCUUCACAGAAGGAAAAACUACCACAUGUCCGAAAGGGUGCAGCCGAAUAUCGUGGGGAUUUCGGCUAUGAGCUGUUCGGGAAAAGUGACUAUAUAGGGCGAUAGGUCUCGGUUAGUGGAAGACUUUACCACGAGUUUCCCAAAAAUCGACGCGGCUUGUUUCGAGAAAUCGGCCGAUAUUUGAAAAUCUUAAAAUGCGACUUUCUCGGAACCGGUAAGAGCUCGAGGGUCGUGCUUGUAGCCGUUGAAAAGCUGACGAAAAAUGCCA